AUGGCGACGAGUUCUACAGCUGCUACGGCUACAAAAGGACCCAAGCUAAAAGUUUUACCCUUCGAUCCUCACGGAGAUCGGUUAGACCUGGGGAAACGAUGGGAAAAGUGGUUCGAACGAUUUGAGAGAGACCUCAAGUAUAACGGAUGUGACCCUAGUAAAACACCAGAAAUAGCCAAAAUGGCGCUGUUAAUAUACGCAGGCACCGAGGUGGAAGACCUGCACGACACUCUGCCAGAACCAGGCAGACCAGAAGGCACAGAGGAAGAAAACUGGACCGCGUAUGAGCAAUCUAAAACCAAAUUGAAAAUACAUUUUUCACCAAAACAGUGCAACGACUUUGCUAUCUUUGAAUUACUCCGAAUGAAAAUCGAAUCGUCAGAAAGUAUUACAAGUUAUGCGAUGAGACUACGUAAAGCAGCGAGCAAGUGCGAUUUUACAAAUUGGUCGGUGGAGAAAAUGAUCAAAAGCCUGAUCAUCAGCAAUAUGCAAGAUGACACCCUUCGCCUAAAAUUUUUACAGAAGGACAGAACACUGGACCAAAUCUUAGAUAUCUCUAGAAAGAAGGAAGAUGCUGUGGCCCGAAGUAAAGUAAUAGACAGGGACUCGCGACAGGUAGUCAACAAGGUGGGUGCCAAACGAAAUCAACUGUUACAACAGAAGGGGACCACAGAUCAGUGCAAUCGGUGUGGACACGAGAACCAUUUCCCUGCUUCGAAGUGCCCAGCCAUAUCCAGAAUCUGCAAUUACUGUAAAAAGAAAGGACACUAUGCCAGCAAGUGCUUCAAGAAACAAAAGGAAGCAGGAAUCAAACGCAUCGAAGCAGAACCCCAAACUGACACCGGAACCGACACCAACUCCGACACUGAUGAGUACGACACAGCCAAGAUCGAAUUAGUUAACAAUCUUGGGAUGAGGGAAAAGCCAUCGCUGAUGAGAGUCCGCACUAACGACCAAGAAGUUCUGUGGCAACCGGAUACCGGGACCCAAAAAGACGUCUGGGAUAAAGCACACUUCCGCAGCUUUAAAGAAAAGACUCGGGGGGAAGUAAAGUUGACACCGACAAACAUCAAGCUAUUUGCGUAUGGGGGCAAGACACCACUGGCGGUCAUCGGUUCAUUCAAGGCAGUGCUGACAGCUGGGGAUCGGACAGUCGACACUGAGAUAUAUGUGACAUCUGAACCAUCCGCCUAUCCACUACUUUCCGAACAGUCAGCCAAACAGCUCCAAUUGAUCCGGUAUAAUGAGAAGUUCCUAGUACAGCGAGUGUCUGAGCCCUGCAAGAAAGUUUUGGCAAUGACUAGGCGCCAAAAGAUAGCUGACAUGAUUAUGGAUAACCCCGAGGUGUUCACGGGUAAGAUCGGCAAAGCCAAAACGAAUGAGGUGUCCGUGAUGAUCGAUGACAGUGUCACACCAGUAGUCCAGAAACAGAGACGGAUACCAGUCAAUCUCUCAGAACGGGUAGAAAGCAAGAUCCAAGACCUCCUGGACCAAGACAUCAUAGAACGAGUUCCAGAUAACCAGCCACGCAGUUGGGUCAGCCCUCCGGUGAUUGCUCCCAAACCAGAUUCCAACGACAUUCGUUUUUGCAUCGAUAUGCGCAUGGCCAACAAAGCCAUACAACGCCCGUAUACGCAGAUACCAACAAUGGCUGAUAUUGUAAACAAAUUUCAAGAAGCAGAACGCUUCACUAAACUGGAUCUCAAAGAAGCAUACCACCAGUUUGUCCUCGACGAACAGUCGCGUAACAUCACCACUUUCUAA